CUGUAUUUUCUUUCUUCUACGCGUAUCAUUAAACAAUAAGCUCUCUCUCCAUAGGACUCCGUCCUCUCGCUCUCGUAUUUAUUCUUCAUCAUCUUUUUCAUUCAUAAUAUGAUCUCUCCUCAAGCAUCCAUCCUGUAAAAAAGCAUAUGUGUAGAAAAGUGACAAAACCCCUGUAGAUUUCUGUAAAUCAGAUGGAUAAUUACAAUCCUUCAUCGUCUUACCCGCAUGAUACUGUCUAUGGAUAUCCUCACGGUCCAUCUCCAUACCCAAUUCCCAAUUCUGGCCAAUACCCACCCCCUGCUUAUCCUCCACCUUAUUACAACUAUCCGUAUCCAUCACCACCACCUGGUCCACCCCCUCCAACUUCUCAUUCAGGUGACUUAGAGUAUUGGUACCAUCCACCAUCACAUUCUGGGCCUGUUCCCUAUCCGUAUCAUGCAUACCCUGUUCCCCCACCACAGCCAAGUCUUCAACACCAGGGUAGUUUUGACGGUGCGUCCCCCUAUCAUCAUCAUCAUCAACCCUCAGCCCCUGCACUCUUACCUGCGGUGGAUGUUGUAGGCGUUCCCCCUCCUCGGGCAAGUCUUCAGCACCAGACUAGUGUUGAAUAUGGUUCACCUCAUCAUCGUUACCAUCAUGAACACUCAUCAGCAGAUGUUCCAUCCCGGGUCAAUAGUUUCUCUGACCACCCUUACCAGGAUAGCAAAUCAUCUGUGGGAAUUGAUCACCAUCGCCACGGAAGUAUGUCAUCCUUGGGAAAUGGGUCUACAAUGAGCUAUGAUAAUGCCAAUAAUUCUUCUGCUUAUCCUCCAUUUUACCCGCCAAUACAUGAUCUUUUAAGUAACGUCCAUAUAUCUGACAGUGCCACAUCUGGCCCCGCAUCACCUCCAGCACCAGCAGCUGCUGCUUCAGCGGCAUCAAGUACUCCUCCUCCAUUACAUAGUUUAAGUGCAAAGCACAACACCCAAGGAAGCUUUUAUGGGUAUUCUAAUACGUCAUUCUCUGAUUGGAGUGGAUCUCAUUCAGGACCAAUUGGGCCUGCUGCUUUAUCCCAUUCAAACUCAUUUGAUGAUUCCCCACAUAGUCAGAGUACGCAGAUUGUACCCUUUUCAACUUCUAAAGGGUCUUUAAAAGUUCUGCUUUUACAUGGCAACCUUGAUAUUUGGGUCUACGAAGCCAAGAACCUUCCAAACAUGGACAUGUUUCAUAAAACUUUAGGAGAUGUGUUCAACAUAUUACCGGGGAAUAUGAGCAACCGGAUUGAAGGGUCUGUUAAGCAUAAGAUCACUAGUGACCCGUAUGUCUCAAUUUCGGUGGCAAGUGCUGUGAUUGGGAGGACUUAUGUGGUUAGUAAUAGUGAAAAUCCUGUUUGGAAGCAACGUUUUUAUGUUCCCGUAGCACAUCAUGCUGCUGAGGUGCACUUUCUGGUUAAGGACAGUGAUGUUGUAGGAUCCCAACUUAUGGGUGUUGUGGCAAUUCCCGUGGAACAGAUAUACUCAGGGGAAAUGGUUCAGGGAGUCUAUCCAAUUUUGAAUAGCAACGGGAAGCCCUGCAAAUCUGGAGCUGUUCUAAGUCUCUCAAUUCAGUAUACUCCAAUAGAGAGAUUGAGUAUUUAUCAUCAUGGAGUUGGAGCUGGUCCUGAUUAUUUUGGGAUUCGUGGCACAUAUUUUCCCCUUAGGAGAGGUGGAAAAGUUACUCUUUAUCAAGAUGCUCAUGUACCCGAAGGUUACCUUCCUGGCUUGAAGCUUGAUCAUGGGAUGCAAUAUGUGCAUGGAAAGUGCUGGCAUGACAUAUUUGAUGCAAUACGGCAGGCACGUCGUUUGAUUUAUAUUACUGGUUGGUCGGUUUGGCACCAAGUUAGACUGGUUCGAGAUUCUGGUCAUGCAUCAUCAAAGUUCACUCUGGGGGAUCUUUUAAAGUCAAAAUCACAGGAAGGAGUGAGAGUGCUGCUGCUUGUUUGGGAUGAUCCUACUUCAAGGAGCAUCCUGGGGUACAAAACAGAUGGAAUCAUGCAAACACAUGAUGAAGAAACUCGUCGGUUUUUCAAGCAUUCUUCAGUUCAAGUUCUACUCUGUCCCCGUGUGGCUGGAAAGAGGCACAGCUGGAUCAAGCAGAGGGAAGUUGGAACAAUCUAUACACACCAUCAGAAAUCGGUGAUUGUGGAUGCAGAUGCUGGGGAUAAUAGAAGAAAGAUUAUAGCUUUUAUUGGGGGACUUGAUUUAUGUGAUGGCCGAUAUGAUACUCCGGAGCAUCCUAUUUUUAGGACACUACAAACAAUCCAUGCAGAUGACUACCAUAAUCCUACCUACGUGGGGAGUGUUGCUGGUUGUCCAAGAGAACCAUGGCAUGACUUGCACUGUAAAAUUGACGGUCCAGCAGCAUAUGAUGUUCUGACAAACUUUGAGGAGCGCUGGCUGAAGGCUUCUAAACCUCAUGGCAUUAAAAAGUUAAGGAAUUCUUAUGAUGAUGCUUUACUCAGACUGGAAAGAAUGCCUGAAAUAAUUGGGUUGUCUGAUGCUCCUUGGCUGGAUGAAAAUGAUCCUGAGAGUUGGCAUGUGCAGAUAUUCCGUUCCAUUGAUUCAAAUUCUGUUAGAGGUUUUCCAAAGGAUGGUAAAGAAGCUGUUAGCAAGAAUCUGAUGUGUGGGAAGAAUGUAGUCAUUGAUAUGAGCAUACACACAGCAUAUGUAAAGGCUAUUCGUGCUGCUCAGCACUUCAUCUACAUUGAGAAUCAGUAUUUCAUUGGAUCUUCUUACAAUUGGAGCUCCUACAAAGACUUAGGUGCGAACAAUUUGAUUCCCAUGGAAAUUGCCCUCAAAAUUGCUGAGAAAAUCAGAGCACAUGAGAGGUUUGCAGCUUACAUUGUUAUUCCAAUGUGGCCAGAAGGCAAUCCUACAGGUGCUGCUACACAGAGGAUCUUAUUUUGGCAGCAUAAAACAAUGCAAAUGAUGUAUGCGACUAUUUACAAGGCCUUAGUGGAGGUUGGGCUUGAGAAUGCGUUCACACCACAAGAUUAUUUGAACUUCUUCUGUCUUGGCAACCGUGAAGUUGAGAAUAGUAAGAGUUCAAACACAGAAAUUUCCAGUGCAACAAACACUCCUCAGGCAUUGAGCCAGAAAAGUCGAAGAUUCAUGAUAUAUGUUCAUUCAAAAGGCAUGAUAGUGGAUGAUGAGUAUAUCAUAAUGGGGUCUGCGAACAUCAAUCAACGUUCAAUGGAGGGCACCAGGGACACAGAGAUUGCAAUGGGUGCUUACCAACCUCAACAUACUUGGGCAAAGAAACUAUCUAAUCCACGGGGACAGAUUUAUGGAUACAGAAUGUCAUUGUGGGCCGAGCAUCUUGGAAUUGUUGAGGACUGCUUUACAAAGCCCGAGAGUAUUGAAUGUGUGAGACAGUUUAGAUCAUUUGGUGAGAGGAACUGGGAACAAUUUGCAGCUGAUGAGGUAACAGAGAUGAAAGCACACCUCCUGAAGUAUCCAGUUGAAGUUGAUCGACAGGGCAGGGUGAAGUCCCUCCCUGGAUGUGAAGAUUUCCCAGAUGUCGGUGGGCGCAUAGUUGGGUCGUUUCUUGCCAUUCAGGAGAACCUGACCAUAUAAUCAACGAUUUAGAUCCAAUUUCUGCUCAACACUAAAGGUCCAUAUUCCAUAAAGCUACCAAGGAAAAUAAUGCGUGCAAAGUCAGGAGAGCAGUACGGUUUUGGGUUAUUUUGAAUUUGCAUCAUGCUUGUACAGUCUUGUGAUCAUUUCCCAACUUCGAUACAUAUCAUGUCACUCACUACCUGUGCAAAUUUAUGGGAUAAUGUAUUUAUUUUCACGUGUGUUGGUUUGAAUUUCCAAAUGGACGAGGUAAGCGGCACUGUGGAGGCAUGUAUAAUGUGGAAAUCUGGCUGUCUCCUUUGGCAUCGCAAUCUGGCUGUCUCCUUUGGCAUUGCAAUAUGAUGUGAAUGUUGUUUCUCAA